AUGGGGAUUGCGCUAGUUUUCUCAACUCUUGCUCUCUCUUCCCUCCUACUCUAUUUCAUUCACGUUUGGCGUCGCUAUCUUCCCUCUUUCAUUCGCGAAUCAACCGUACCCCAAUAUGUAACUCUCAUCGCAACGCAAUUGGAAUGGGCUUGUGAUUUCUGGCUUUGCUAUUCCCUAUUCCCAAACUACAAUUACGUUCCAAAAAUGCCAGCAGAAACGGAUUGGGGGGAAAGAGCAGUCGAGUACGAGUGGAAGCGAGCAGCGCUUGCAGCGCUUGCAGAUGCAGGUCAGUGCCCCGUCUGCCUAUUCAGAGUUGCAGAAGGUGAGGAGAUUGGUGAGUUGAGAUGCGGCCAUGUUUUUCACAGGUUUUGCUUAGAGACAUGGGUUGGAUACAAUAACGUUACAUGUCCCCUUUGCCGACUUCCUUUAGCUCCGACCAGAUUGGUGUCUGAUGAUCAACUCGGCAGGGAUGUUCUUGUUUUCGAGUUUUGCUCAGUCAGUUCUCGUGACCGCGGUAGAUGGUGGGUACGAUAA